AUGGCCGAGAUGAGCUUCCUGAGCAGCGAGGUGUUCGUGAGGGACUUCGUGUCCCCCUUCGACCCGUCGGGUUUGGGGGCUGAAGAGAGCUUAGGUCUCCUAGAUGACUACCUGGAGGUGGCCAAGCACUUCAAACCUCAUGGGUUCUCCUGCGACAAGGCUAAGGCAGGCUCCUCCGAAUGGCUGGCUGUGGAUGGGUUGGUCAGUUUCUCAGACAACAGCAAGGAGGAUGCUUUCUCCGGGACAGAUUGGAUGGUGGAGAAAAUGGAUUUGAAGGAGUUUGAUUUUAAUGAUACCCUGUUGAGUAUGGAUGACCUGGAAACCAUGCCAGAUGAGCUCUUGGCCACGUUGGAUGACACGUGUGAUCUCUUUGAUCCCCUACUCCAGGAGACUAACAAGGAGCCCCCCCAGAUAGUGAACCCAAUUGGCCAUCUUCCAGAAAGUUUACCAACAAUUGACCAGGGUGCCCCCUUCACUUUCUUACAACCUCUUCCCCCUUCCCCAGGGGCCCUUUCUUCCACUCCAGAUCAUUCCUUUAGUUUAGAGCUGUGCAGUGAAGUGGUUAUCUCUGAAGGAGAUAGCAAGCCAGAUUCCACCACUUGCAGUACUGUGAUCCCUCAGAGCAUAAAGGAGGAGGAUGCCCCCUCAGAUAAUGACAGUGGCAUCUGUAUGAGCCCCGACUCCUCGCUGGGCUCUCCCCAGCAUAGCCCCUCCACCUCCAGGGGCUCUCCAAAUAAGAGCCUGCUAUCUCCAGGUGCCCUCGGUGGCUCUUCCCGCCACAAACCCUACGACCCUCCUGGAGAGAAGAUGGUAGCAGCAAAAGUAAAGGGUGAGAAGCUAGACAAGAAGCUGAAGAAAAUGGAGCAGAACAAGACAGCAGCCACUAGGUACCGCCAGAAGAAGAGGGCAGAACAGGAGGCUCUCACUGGUGAAUGUAAAGAGCUAGAAAAGAAGAAUGAGGCUCUGAAAGAGAAGGCAGAUUCCUUGGCCAAGGAGAUCCAGUAUCUUAAAGAUCUGAUAGAAGAGGUUCGCAAGGCAAGGGAGAAGAAAAGGGUCCCCUAG